UCCAAUUGUUCAAAUUGGCUGCAUUGUUCAUAUGGCAAACCUUGUUGUUGAUGCCCUACAAAAUAGACUUUGUGAGUACAUCCUACACUUGUAUUUCCAUGCAAGGAGAAAUACUUGAUAUGUUUUUAGUUUACAUAUCAAAUGUCACACAUGAUAAUCUCUGCUAUAAAAGGCAGAGCAAGGUAAUGGCCUGGUCCUUGGGGAGAGGCACCCUUGGGUGGGUGGAGUUUAACACGGUUGGUCCAUUAUAAGGUGGGGGGGUGACAUUUGGAAAAUACAAUCAUGUAAUUAAUUUUUUCCAUUCUCCAAGUGUUCUAUACAUGUAGGUUCCUACAUCACCACCAGAUAAUUAGAAAUUACAUAGAAUCAUCACAAUGUCACUUUACUUAGUUGUGGAAUGUGAAUUUAAAAUGUAGCUGAACCAGAAAAAAUGGGAUAUACCAUAUUGUUUAAGGCAAUUCACACCUGUUCAGUCAUUUUCUUUCUUCUAUGCUGGAAUAUUCGAGAGGCCAUCACUCAGUGUUUUCCGGAGAGCAGUGAAAGGAGCCAUACUUUUUUUAGUGUAAAACACGUGCUGCUGGAUACUUUCCUCAAGUUGACAAUUUUCUUCAAGACAAGCGAGAGGGUCCUUGCUACCACCGACAUCAGUGUGGGUGAAGUGUGUUGACCAACUGCUGAACUAAAAUGACACACCGGUCUGAAUCUGGCAAGUGGUGCCUGCUAGACCAUGGACCAGAUGGGAUCGACCUGAAGUGGAUAUCCAGCACUGGGUCUAUCAAAUGGUUAAGUGAUCAGAUGGCGGGACCCAUUUCUGAUCUUCAUGUGCCGAAGGAUGGGGACUCAACCUCUGUCAUGGUGUCAUAUGGAAAACAAAAGGCACUCAAGAUGCCUUUAGCAAUGUUCCGUGGUGCAGAAGACUGUGGUGAGGAAGAAAACUGCUUUUCUGAGCUCAACAGCAACAUGUCUCAAGUCGACUUCAUAAAAAUGUUCACAGUCAUCAAAGAUGCAGUCUUCGCAGACUGGAAGCCUAAACAGUUGGGUGUCACAAGAAAGCCACUUGAAGAAGUAAGCAGCAACCAAAAACGCAAGACAUCUCCACAGCCAGGGAAUACAUCUACGGUUUCUCGGAAGUCCCCAGUAAAACGAGUGUUCCAGUCUGUGUCAAGCACCAGCAGAGCUUCGAGGAGUCCAGUAAAAUCUCCUAAGAAGAUCAUCAGGCACACAAGACAGAAACGUGAAAUGCAAAUGAGAAGUAACAUCGCUGCUAUUGGUGGCACCCCAGGCACUUCCAAGUCUCCCACUGAGAUGGAAGAAGAGUCUCCCACUGAAAUGGAAGAAGAGGAGGAAGAUACACUAGUAAACAUCCCAGCAAAGAGACAGAUGUCUAUUCAGAAAAGCCCAGGGAAGUCUGCCAAAGAGAUGGAGGAGGAAGAAGCGGUGCACGUGAAUCCUGCAAAGCGACAGCGGCUAUCCACAUCAAAAAGUACGAAGAAGCGGGAUUUUCAAGAUGGUGUCAUCGCCAUGCGCGAAGCCCUCAUAGCUGACAUGGAUACAUAUGAGGAGCUUGAUGACAACCAGAGCCUUCCAGCACCAUCGUCCACAGUGAAGGCACAAUGGACCGACAUUCUACAAUACAAAGAGUACCGUGAGAUCUCAAACAAUGCCAAAGAAUACAGGGUCGUGGCACAGUUGAGUAAGAGGUGCUGGACGAAAGUCCUUCAUAUCUUCCAACUGUGUCACAGAAACGACAUUGUGACGAAAGAGAGAAGGGCAUCGUUCCUUAUGUUCAGACCAUUGAGGGGACGGACAGAGUCUGAGAUGUACAAGAUACUGUCAACAUAUGUAGAGACAGCAUAUGGAGCAAAGAUGGAUGUCAAAACACUCAUCAACACAGUAACAAAUGACAUGGAAAUGGAUAAACUCCCAACAUCAAGGGAAAUGGUGGCUGACUACCGGAAGAUGAAGAGCCAGCUACAGGCCCUAAAGGAGCAAGGGAUCAGUCUGGAGGAAGCAGCACAGCAGAGAGAGAAAAUAAGGGAACUGGAGGCAGAAUUAACUCAGCUCCGGAUGUUUGCUGUUGAUGUUGCACAAACUGUAAAUUCCAGUGACAAGCCUGAGGUGAAGAUUGAUCACAUCAAGGGGAUGCUAGAGAUUGAUUCAUUUCUGGAUCCCACAACUGGAGGAUUCGCCAUGGAGCUCUCGCUGUCAAAAGUUGAAGGUCACCCGAGUCUACAUAUGACAGAUGAGUUCAGUCCCGGAUUUUCCAGCACAAUGCUCAAUGGUGACUUUGAUGCCUAUGAGGCAUUUGAAGACACAGACAACCUGAACUCGGAAAAGGCCGCCGCAGAUGAUCAGGGCACAGCUACGGACAACCUGAUGCUGGAAAUGGCCGCCGCAGACGAUCAGGGCACAGCUACUAACAACCUGAUGCUGGAAAAGGCCGCCGCAGACGAUCAGGGCACAGCUACGGACAACCUGAUGCUGGAAAUGGCCGCCGCAGACGAUCAGGGCACAGCUACGGACAACCUGAUGCUGGAAAAGGCCGCCGCAGACGAUCAGGGCACAGCUACGGACAACCUGAACUCGGAAAAGGCCGCCGCAGACGAUCAGGGCACAGCUACGGACAACCUGAACUCGGAAAAGGCCACCGCAGACGAUCAGGGCACAGCUACGGACAACCUGAUGCUGGAAAUGGAUCAGGACACAGACAACCUGAAUUUGGACAAGGAUAGAUGGGUGGCCGUUGCACUAGAAGUGCCAGAGGGGUGGCAUAUUGCCAAGCUAGAGAGUACUGAGGGCAAUAAGGCCUGUGUUAGCUUCCUGCAGACAGGAAUACCUCGGGUGUAUAAAUGGCCAUCACUAACGGAUAAACUCGUAGUAAAUAUCAAAUGCAUCAUAGAUAAGGAUGUGGAGAUGACUCCAUCUGGAACUGGAACCAGACAGUAUUGGCGUAUGUCAAUUGCCACUUCCCAGCGACUAAACAUGCUGUUCGAUGAGUUCAAGGUAAACUACUGGUGAAUUUAACAUGAACUUUGUUUGAUUGACUGUUGUGUGUAUCAUGCUUUUUUUAUGCUAUGCUUAAGUAGGGGUGUAUCACUGUUGAGACAAAGUGAGAAGUGGUGAUAGGGUAUGUGCCAGUUGGCACAUUUUCAUGUUACAUUUAUUACCAUUAGUGAUUCUUUGUAUUUGUGGUUGCAUUGGUGAACUGGUGCCAGGAGAUUUUUAUGGUGCACGGUGUG